UAAUAACCCCACAACUAUGCUGUAUUUCACUUAGAUGCCCCUCCCUGUUUGUUUGUUGGUCCGUGAGAGUCAAUUCAGCGGCGCGUGUGGGGGUUUCGGAAAAUGGGCGAGGAGGAAGCAACUAGAGGAGAAGAUACGGUGGAGGAGAUACGACGUAUGAGUGGUUACGGCGGAGAUGUGAUAGCCGUCGGUGGGUUUCCGACUUCAUACUCGGAAUCUGAUUCGGAUUUGGCGGCGGCGGAGAUAAUGAUCAUAUGGGCUAUUCAAGGCCCAACUUCGUUUGCUCCCAACACCUUAGUUUCGCAGUCUUCUCUUGAGCUGCGUCUCGACGCUUGUGGCCACUCACUCUCUAUCCUCCAGUCUCCUUGUUCACUGAACACGCCUGGAGUAACGGGGUCAGUGAUGUGGGACAGUGGUGUGGUCCUAGGGAAGUUCUUGGAACAUUCUGUUGAUUCCAAAGAUCUUUCUCUUGAAGGCAAGAAAAUCGUUGAGCUGGGCUCUGGUUGUGGCUUAGUUGGUUGUAUCGCAGCCCUUUUGGGUGGCGAUGUUGUCCUCACCGAUCUCCCGGAUAGACUGAGGCUACUCAAGAAGAACAUCGACACCAAUCUGCAACGUGGGAACACAAGGGGAUCUGCUGUUGUGCAGGAACUUGUUUGGGGAGAUGACCCUGAUCCAGAUUUGAUUGAACCACUCCCUGAUUACGUAUUAGGCUCAGAUGUUAUCUACAGCGAAGAGGCUGUUCACCACUUGAUCCAAACGCUUGUGCAACUUUGCGGCGAUCAAACUACAAUCUUCUUAUCAGGAGAACUACGGAAUGAUGCUGUUCUUGAGUAUUUCUUGGAAUCUGCGCUGGAAGAUUUUGCGAUAGGGCGUGUGGAACAAACACAGUGGCAUCCGGAUUAUCGCAGCCGUAGAGUAGUGCUUUACGUUCUUGAGAAGAAGUCGAAGAGAUGCCUCGCUGAUGUUUCUUCGCUUAAUCAGUCUUGUUAGCCAUUGAGGUUUGUUUUGUUUACAGUGUAUGAUGACGGACCACAUUAGAAUAAGACCAUUAUAAAUUAUAAAAAUAUGACUUUGUUACAAGUAGUAGUUUUGUAUUCUGUUAAACAUUAUUAUAUACGAUUUGAGGAUCAGACAUGAAA